CUCUUACGAUGAGAUAAUACACGAUAGCUACAGUAAUAGGAUGAUCGAAAACUGAUAAUAAAAAUCAAAAUGUGGUAACACGACCAAACUUUUUCAAAAAUUAAAAUUUGUUCUAGUAUUUAGACUUUGGUAGCUGAUUCAGUCAUGUAAUCAAAAAUGACGAAUCUUGGCAUUUUCCUUUUCAAGUGAAACAAUAAAGAAUCAAGAUAUCAUCAAAAAUUCAAAAGCAAAACCACAUCAGUAUUUCGUUAUUCUAAAAUGGUAAGCAUAUCAGCUCAAAUUUUCAUCACUCUUUGCCUCACAUCACAUAUUCAAAAAUGCAUCUCAUCAGCACCUUCCUCAAUCGAAAAUUUCAUCGCUCUGACAAAACAACCCUAUUUCGUCGAUAAAAGCGAAUUCAUCAAGACAUUCUUCGAAGAUAUCAACAAACAUAUCUUCAUCACAUCUCCUCCAGGCUUCUGUAAAACAACAAACCUCCAAAUGCUUCGUUUAUUCUGCGAAAUCGAAUUGGACUCGAGCCAUAAACCCAAACCUUACACUUCCACCAAAGCGUACGAAAUUUUUAACUCUUUGAAGAUCUCAAACUACACAGAUAUCAUUGAAAAUCAUCUCGGUCGACAUGUUGUAAUCCAUAUAGAUCUCGAAUCGGAUACAACAAUGGAGAAAACCAUCGAUAUUAAAAAAACCGUCGCAUUUUUCAAUAACAAACUGUACCAGAGCUUCGAGCCGUACAAAUGGCUCUUGAAUAUCCCCAAAGAAGAGCUCAGAAGCAUUUAUGAAAUCAACAACGAACAAAUCGAAUUACUGGAGAACUUGGAUCAGAAGAAACUUCCCAAUGAAGGCGAUUCCAUUCUUCAAACUGCGGCGUUGUAUAAUUUUGCCAGCAUUUUAUAUCUUUAUUUUGGCAAAGAAGUGAUGAUCCUCGUAGAUAAUUACGACAGUGUGCUGAAUAAUUUUUUUAGACCUAGUGAAAACGAUAUGGAGACGUUUUACAAGUACAUGAGCACAGUGCUGAGCAAGACUUUUGAUAAUAUUCCUAGAGUUACCUUGCGUAGUUUGAUAUUAGGAACAACUUCUUUGGUGCUGCCUCACAUUCUUGAAAGGUUAAGUCCAUCGAAACACUACAACUUCCUCAACGAUCACAGCUACACUCCUCAUUACGCUUUCACCGAUGCAGAAGCCACCAAUUUGCUUUUAAAGUACAAUUGCACCCCUUCACGAAGACUACAAGUGAAAAAAUUCUACAACGGGUAUAAAACCAAGACAAAAAUGACGACUAUAUUUAAUCCAUCUUCGUUGACCAAAUUUUUAGCCAAUAUUAGUCAUCCUGAGGCUUUAAUAGCGUACCGGAACACCUCCAAUAAAGAUGGCAAUUUCCUACUGGGUUUCAAAGAAGAUAAAAUUUUAGGCCACUUGUUGCAAAAUCUGGUGAGAAACAUGACGUUUAAAUUCGACCAUCACGAGUCGUACAGUUUGGAGAAUUUCACGACUUUCUUUAAUACUUGCCAAGGUUUGGAGUAUAAAGGCUCGCCGUUUGAAAUUCUUUUUAGUUAUAUUUUUGAUCGAGGGUAUCUCACUCACGGUAUUAAUCAAAUCAUCAUCCCAGACGUUCCAAUCACACCAGAUUCUAUCGUACAUAUGAACACAACCCCUAAUUUGGAAAUAUGGCUUAAUGUCAAAGAAUUGUCUAGCUUUAUAACUGCGGAUGAGGAUUUAAAAAAGAUCGGGACGAACGCCACUAAAACUGAUCGUGAGAUGCAGACUUAGUUGAAGAGAAAGCUUCCAUCAUUACAACAUGAUCUACAUACCAAUAGAGACUGAGAAAAAUCAUCGAUCAUUCAGAGAAAAUGGUUGCGGCGAAUUCUGAUACGACAACUCUUCGAAGAUUUUUCCCAAUAGCUACAUAAAUGUAACAGUUGGGAAAAAUUAAAUUCGAAAGAUUAAUUCAAGAUUAAUUUUAUUCAAAAAUAAAGAGAGAGGGCUAAAAAUUGCCACGAAAUUAUGAAAUUGAAAAAAAAUGCACAGUGCAUGAAAAAGCAACCAACAAAAAAAAAACGAAAAAAUAAAAUAAAUCAGAAAAUUUUACACUGA